CCUAGCGGCACAGGUGGCACUCAUGAAGGCAGCGCCUGGAUAAAGGGGGUGUAACAAACAGCAACACAUACACCGCAGUCCAACCCAACACGUAAUCAAUAUCAACGACAGCCUAAGAAACAAAAUUAUUUUAGUGUUUUAAAAGCAUUGACUGCCCUUUGAAUAAAUCUCAUCGCUAAAAUCACGAGAUGUCCAACAAACCAGCAACCAAUGCCGAGGUGAAGGAAGAGCCUGUCAAAGUGAACAAAUGGGAUGGAUGUGCGGUGAAAAAUGCUUUGGAUGAUGCUGUCAAAUCGGCAAUGCAGAGAAAAUUCGACUACCAAGAGAAUUAUGCUCUCAUGGAUGGUCGCCUGGCCAUGUGCAGUAUUGCUGUCGGCGUUGCUAUGUUCGCCAUGCUCUGGGACUACCUGUACCCCUUCCCCCAAUCAAAGCCAGUGCUGAUUAUCUGCGUGUCUUCAUACUUUUUCCUCAUGGGUCUGCUCACCCUGUACACCACAUUCAAGGAGAAGGGCAUCUUUGUCGUUUCCGUGCAGAAGGAUCCAGCUGGGUUCAAACCGGACAACACCUGGGAAGCCAGCUCUUACCUGAAAAAGUAUGACGACAAGUACCAGCUGGUGAUGAGUUGCAAGGACGGCCGAACCGGCCACCUGUCUGAGGCCACUUUGACCAAGUCAGUGGCGAGCUACUUUGAUUCCAAUGGCGAACUGCUCCAGGAUCUGCUUGACACCGACGUGCUCAAAGUACACAACCAGGCGCUCGCUGGACUGAAGCAUGAAUAGUUUAUUUUGGUUGGUUUUCUGUGGAAAUAAAAAUGCGUUUGUUUGAUAAUCCAAGCAAUCACUUCA